GCUGCAGCCUCCGGGCCGGCCGGGAAGGCGGGGAGCGGGCGGCGGUGGAGGAGAGGGAGGCGGCGGCGGCUGCAGCAUCCAGGGCUGGCCGCGGCGGCCGGCGCGCCCCGCGCACAAAGGCGCCCAGCCCCUGGGGAGGGCGAUGAGCGCACCGCAGUCCGCGUCCGGGGCCCAGCUCCAGCCACCGCUGCCUGCGCUCAGGGCGCAGGGGAAGACGCAGGGCGUGCCAGGGGCCGGCGGCCGAGGCGCGGCCCGUAAGCCCUGAGCUCGGGACUCGCCGCCCUCCGGGUCGGGCGCAGAGCUUUGGAGCGGCUACUGCGAGGGCCUCGGCGCGCCCCCGGGAUCUGCGCAGGAGGGCGCUUGCCCACUCCUACCCGACCUCUCGCACCUUCCCGUGGCGUCCGAGCGCCAACUUCCCCAAGAACGCUCCAACUCCAGGCCACCCUGCUGGGCAGAGGGGGCGCUGCUGCUGGGCACCAGCCGUGAGGACGCACCCCUGGCCCCAGGGAGCGAGCCGGCAUCUUCAGGCUAGCUCGGGCGCCCCUGAGUGGGUGUCGGCGGCAGCCGCCUCCCCGGGGAGUCCAGGACCUGCAGGCGUUCGCCCUCUCUUUUAUGGAGCUUGGGCCCCUGCCCCAGCCCGGCAGAGGCUGUGGAGGUAGCCCGUCCGGCAGCCUGGUCCCCAGGCCCCCGGCCCAUCCCUGGCAGCGGGGAGUGGCAGCUCCCACGAGGUAGCAGAGGCCUGAGCCGGGGCCCCUCCCGGGAGUGAACCAUGGGCCAGAAGCUCUCGGGGAGCCUCAAGUCGGUGGAGGUUCGCGAGCCGGCGCUGCGGCCGGCCAAGCGGGAGCUGCGCGGGGCAGAGCCCGAGCGGCCGACGCGGCUGGACCAGCUGCUGGACAUGCCGGCGGCGGGGCUGGCGGUGCAGCUGCGGCACGCGUGGAACCCCGAGGACCGCUCGCUCAACGUCUUCGUCAAGGACGACGACCGGCUCACCUUCCACCGGCACCCGGUGGCCCAGAGCACCGACGGCAUCCGCGGCAAGGUGGGCCACGCCCGCGGCCUGCACGCCUGGCAGAUCCACUGGCCCGUGCGCCAGCGGGGCACCCACGCGGUGGUGGGCGUCGCCACGGCCCGGGCGCCCCUGCACUCGGUGGGCUACACGGCGCUGGUGGGCAGCGACGCCGAGUCGUGGGGCUGGGACCUGGGCCGCAGUCGCCUCUACCACGAUGGCAAGAACCGGCCCGGCGUGGCCUACCCGGCCUUCCUGGAGCCGGAGGAGGCCUUCGCGCUGCCGGACUCGCUGCUCGUGGUGCUGGACAUGGACGAGGGCACGCUCAGCUUCGUCGUGGACGGCCAGUACCUGGGCGUGGCCUUCCGUGGCCUCAAGGGCAAGAAGCUGUACCCGGUGGUGAGCGCCGUGUGGGGCCACUGUGAAGUCACCAUGCGCUACAUCAACGGCCUUGACCCGGAGCCCCUGCCGCUGAUGGACCUGUGCCGGAGAUCCAUCCGCCUGGCCCUGGGCCGCCCGCGCCUGCAGGACAUCGGCGCCCUGCCGCUGCCUCAGUCCCUCAAAAACUACUUGCAGUACCAGUGACGGCUGCGGCGGCCAGGGCAGCAGCGGGCAGGCCGCGGCCCGGCCUUUCCUUUCACGGCGCACGGAACGUUCAGGAAGGGGCCUUUCUCGCCCCGACGCCCCAGAACUUGCAGUUCUUUGGAAGGCCAGUACGCGUUCCCAACCUGAAAAAUGAAUGUCUGUUGCCAACAGUAUUUGCUGCCCGAGAAGCAGCUCCCCCAAGUCC